AUGAAGAGUCUCAGGCGGGAUUAUUCAACUGAUCCUUCCACUGCGAACGUCACUAGCAAAGUCUUCGUCCGGUCGACAAAAAGUGGAAAAGUGCAGAAGAUUGUUCGCGAGCUCUACUUAAGACAGGAUAUCCCUUGCUCUUCGAGGUUAUUCGUGCCAUUCGUUCUCUCGGAGCAACCCGCAGGCACAACGGCCUUCCCCCGCGGACACUACAUUGUUCCUGACACGAAUGCGCUUUUGAAUGGAAUGGAUUUGUUUGAGCAUACAGGGGCUUUCUAUGACGUGAUUAUCCUUCAAACCGUCCUGGAAGAGUUAAAGAACCAGUCUCUUCCGCUCUACAACCGUUUGCUUGCGCUAAUCAAAACCGACGAAAAACGCUUCUACCUUUUCUUCAACGAGUUUCGUCUCGAGACGCAUGUUAGGAGAGAGCAGGAUGAGUCGAUAAAUGACCGGAAUGACCGAGCUGUGAGGACCGUCGCAAAAUGGUACAUGGAUCAUUUGCGCGCAGUUACCAAAAGCAAGAAGGAGAAGUCCAUUCCGGCUAUUGUGGUUAUAACUGAUGAUAAAGAGAACUUGCGCAAGGCCAAAGAGGAAAGUGUGACGGCCUUGUCGUUAGAGAACUACGUUAGUGGAUUGGAAGAUGCGGACAGGUUGCUCGACAUGAUCAAUGAGUCUCGGGAAGCGAGGGAGGCGAAAGAAGCCCGCGGAGAACUCUACUAUCCAGAGUACUAUUCUAUGUCGAAGAUCAUGACAGGAUUACGGGCCGGAAAUCUUCACCAAGGCGUUUUCAAUGUCUCGCCAUAUAAUUAUCUAGAGGGACAAGUCAAAGUCGCGGCAUUUGAUAAACCACUUAUCAUUAUGGGCCGUCAUAACAGUAACCGAGCCAUAUCUGGAGAUGUCGUCGUGGUUGAAAUCUUACCCAAAGAUCAGUGGAAGUCGCCUUCAACAAAGAUCGUCGACGAAGAAGCCGUGACAAAGAAUGAUAAUCCUGAGGGCGAGGACAACGAAACUGUCAUCACUGAGAAGGAGCGGAGAGCUUUACAAGAAGAGGUUAGGCAAGCGCAUGGAAAGAACCACGAGGGGCGGCCGCAACCGACGGCGAAGGUUGUGGGCGUCGUGAAACGGAAUUGGCGCCAAUACGUCGGAACCGUUGAUCCAACAUCCACCGGCUCUCAAACCACUGGCCGACGACAGCAGAAUGUUUUCGUCCUCCCGAUGGAAAAGAAGGUCCCCAAGAUCCGGGUUCGAACACGACAGGCUACGGAACUGUUAGGUCAAAGGAUCCUGGUCACCAUCGAUGCUUGGAACCGCGACUCUCGAUACCCUACCGGACACUUCAUCCGGUCACUGGGCGAAUUAGAGACGAAGUCCGCUGAGACGGAGGCUUUGUUACUAGAAUGGGACGUACAAUACAAGCCCUUCCCGAAGGCUGUGUUGGAGUGUCUUCCCCCUGAAGGACACGAUUGGCGUGUCCCGGCAAGCAAAGAUGAUAUUGGCUGGCGAGGGCGAAGGGAUCUACGGGAUCUUCUUAUCUGUAGUAUUGAUCCUCCAGGUUGUCAGGAUAUCGACGAUGCUCUUCACGCGCGGAAGUUGCCGAACGGCAACUUCGAAGUCGGUGUUCACAUCGCAGAUGUCUCUCAUUUCGUGAAGCCCAAUAAUGCUAUGGACCUUGAGGCUAGCGUUCGUGGAACAACAGUUUACCUAGUGGACAAGCGUAUUGAUAUGCUUCCCCACCUUCUGGGCACAGAUCUCUGUUCCCUUAAGCCAUAUGUGGAGCGUUAUGCCUUCUCAGUACUGUGGGAAAUGACGCCAGACGCAGAGGUUGUGUCUGCCGACUUCACGAAAUCUGUGAUUCGAUCGCGUGAAGCCUUCAGUUAUGAACAAGCCCAGCUACGUAUCGAUGACCCAUCGAAGACAGAUGAGCUGACAGAAAGCAUGCGUACCCUACUUCAUCUCUCUAAAAUCCUGCGCCAGAAGCGCAUGGAUGCCGGUGCACUGAACUUAGCAUCACCAGAGGUCCGCAUCGAAGCAGACAACGACGAGGUCGGCGACCCCUUGGCGGACGUUAAGACAAAAGCGAUGCUUGCAACAAACAGUCUCGUUGAAGAAUUUAUGCUCCACGCCAACAUCACCGUCGCGGCUAAAAUCUACAGCACCUUCCCGCAAACCGCCAUGCUCCGACGACAUGCGACACCCCCGCCCCAAAACUUCGAAGAACUGAUCAACCAACUCACCAAGAAGCGCGACAUGCGCCUUGACGUCUCCAGCUCUCGCGCCCUCGCCGACUCGCUCGACCGCUGCACAGACGCUGAAAACCCGUUCUUCAACACCCUCGUCCGCAUUCUUGCCACCCGCUGCAUGACUUCCGCAGAGUAUUUCUGCGCCGGCGCGCACGCGGAGUCUGAAUUCCGUCACUAUGGCCUCGCCUCACCCAUUUACACACACUUCACGUCCCCGAUCCGCCGGUACGCCGAUCUCCUUGUGCACCGUCAACUCGCAGCGGCAAUCAAUUACGAGGGCGAAGACGGCCGCGCCACGAUCGAGGGCUCCAUUACGCGUAACCGCCUCGAGGAUAUCUGCCGCAACAUCAACUACCGUCACCGCAACGCACAGCACGCCGGCCGCGCCAGCAUCGAGUACUAUGUUGGUCAAGCUCUCAAAGCACGUAGCGAGAAGCUCGCCACAAACGGCGUAGACAUCGGCAUCGAAGAGGACGGAUACGUCAUGCGCGUCUUUGAAAACGGUGUUGUGGUCUUUGUGCCUCGAUUUGGUAUUGAGGGCGUAGUCAGACUUGAGGAUUUCGUUCUGCCUAGUGAUGAGGCGCUGCGGUCUGUUGAGGAUAGGAGGGAGCUUGUUACCAGGCGCGAGAGUGAGUUUGAUCCAGAGGAAUAUACCCUUAAGGUCUCGAAUAAGGGGCACCAAGAACGGUCGGUGGCCGUGGAGCUUUUCCAGAGGGUUAAAGUUAACAUUAGCUCUGUGAAGGAGGAGACUGGACGGGGUGUUGGGAAGAGGAGGGUGAGGAUAUUGAUUCUGAAUAAUGAGUUGUGA